UUAUGCACAAUAUAAGAAGCAAUUCUAUAUUCUAUAAACUGGGUGUAAUUUCACUGAGCUUUGAAAGUGAAAUACUAACAAGCUGGCAAGUCAAAACCAAUCCAGUGCUGUCAGCCCUUUAGGCAGCAGCUGUAGUCCCUCCCCGGGCCGGAGCGAGCACAGGGAGCCGGGCUGCUAAAUGCUCCAGCCUCAAAGGGACGAUGGUGGAGGGCUGGUAAAGAUGGCGGCGCUCUCCGAGGAUGGGAGGUACGGAUUAAAUUGUGGCCAACAGAGCGCCGACAGAGUCACCGUGUUACACGUCAAAUUGACCGAGACAGCACUGAGAGCGAUAGAGAGCCACCAAAAGUGUACGAAUGUAUCUUCUUUGCGGCCAACGAUACAAUUCAAGGGACUCCAAGGGUGUAUUAAAAUUCCCAAGACGGAUUCCUCCUCUGGCACCUUCCACAAUUUUGAUUUCUACCUGUCUAAUGUGGGCAAGGAUAACCCUCAGGGAAGCUUUGAGUGCAUCCAUCACUCAGGGGCCUCACACCUGGCUUUGUUGGCAACAGUACAGGACAAGGUCACGGUGUGCGCCACUAAUGACUCCUACCAGGUGACCCGGGAACGCAUGACCCAGGCCGCGGAGGACACACGUGAACAUGGGACCAAAGUCAUCAAGCCUGGGAGCCAGUACAGAGGAAAGCAAGUCCAUAUCCGUAAGCCGGCGCUGUCGGCCCCAGAGGUGGUCCCAGAGCGCAAGCGCUCCACACCCAUCAACCCAGCCAACACUAUUCGUAAGUGCCUUUCCAAUAACCCUGUGUCCCAGCGGCCGUUCCGGGAUCGCAUCAUCCACCUGCUGGCGCUGAGGUCCUACAAGAAGCUGGAAGUGCUUGCCCGUUUGCAGCGGGACGGUAUCAACCAGAAGGACCGAAACUCACUGGGGACCACCCUGCAACAGGUGGCAAACCUGAACCCCAAAGACAACACAUAUUCAUUGAAGGACUUUAUAUAUCGUGAUGUCCAGCGUGACUGGCCUGGCUACUCUGAGGAUGAGAAGUCCCAGGUUGACCGGAUCCUGGCUCGCAAAUUAGGCCUUCCUACUGAGACCCUCUCAUCAAGCAGUUCUCCCAAAGACAGUGUUCCUACAUCUCCCCAGCGCCAGCCAGACUUUGACUUUAUCGAUCCUUUGGCGCCCAAGAAAGCCCGCAUCUCCCACCUCAGCAAUCGAGGGCCGGCCGCGUCUUCAUCCUCUUCCUCCACUGACCGCCGCGAGGACGAGGGCAGCCCCAGCUCUAAGCGCUCGUCCCUACCUUCCAACGUCACCUCGGGCCCUCCCACCCAUCUCCCCAUCUCGUCCCACCCUCCUGCACCCUCUCACCAGCAGCCCAGCCCAGCCUCCAACUCCAACUCACCCAGCACCCCGGAGGGCUGCGGCACCCAGGACCUGCCCAUGGACCAGAGUUCCUCCUGCAGAGACCCUUCACCCAGCCCGUUCUCCUCCGAUAGGGCCCUGCAGGACCGCUAUAGACACCCUGUCCCUGUCCCCACACCAGCCGCCUCCCCCAGCCCUCCUCCUCCUCCUCCCCCUCCUCCUCCUCCUUGCACCUCACUCACAGUUACCUCCACUGUCAUCACCAGCCCUCCUUUGUCCAGCAGUACCAACAAGAAGUUUAAAAAGAAAUCUAAGAAGCACAAAGAGAAGGAUCGAGAGAGGGAAAAAGGGAAACGGACGGAAAGAGGCAGCAGAAGUCCUUCCAAUGUAGCAGAGCAGGCUGAGGAGACUCGUAGAGCCAAGAAGAGGCGCAGCGCUGAGGAGAGCAGAGAAGUUAUUGACAAAAAUCCUCAGAAAGCUCAAGACUCUUCAGAUAAAGAGAAGCCAGUCCAGUCCACCGAGUUCUCUUCCACCAUUGAUAUGCCUGACUAUGUAGUGAAGUACAUGCCGUUGGUGUCCAUGGACCAGCGGCAAAGCUACAAGGACGAUUUCAAUGCAGAGUAUGACGAGUAUCGCCUGCUACAUGCCCGUGUGGAAAACAUCACCAGACGCUUUACCCAGCUGGAUGCCCAGUGCCGAAAGCUGACACCUGGCACCAAAGAAUACCAGAAGGUGCAAGAAGAAGUCUUGAAAGAGUACAAAAAGAUGAAACAACGCAGCCCCAACUACCACGAGGACAAACAGCGCUGCGAGUACCUGCACAACAAGUUGGCCCACAUCAAGCGGCUAAUAGCUGAUUAUGACCAGCGCAGAGCCCAGGCCUGGUGCUGAGAGCACAGCACACAACAUCUCACUAAUCAGUAUUGAGAACGGAGUGUUGAACCAGGAGGGGGUGUCCAACUGGCUGUUAUUUUAACACCCCUUCAGUUACUGCCUCCACAACAGUCCUGCCCCCCUACCUCUCUUCCUUCCCUUUUUCCUUUUCCCAUCAUCCUUCUUCAUUCCUUCCUUCUUUUUCCGAUCUUUGAUUCCACUGGCUUCAUUGUUGCCUGCAAUCUUGAGAAUCUCACUUUGACCCCCAUAUUUUUGCUUUAUCUUUUCUUUUCGUUUUUUUUUUUUUCUUCCCCUCUUUCCUCUCAAUGAGCUCCUGUGGAAUUUUAUACCACUGGACCAGUGGAAGGGGCUGCCUGCAUGUGUGAAAGGGUUUGGGGGAAAUACUUCAAAUCUUCUAACCUUUUGAAGGACUUUAUCUUCAGGCAAAAAAAAAGAACAAAAAAAGUAUUUUUGAGCAUCACAGAAAAUAUUAACAAUGUAUUUAAGUUUAAAAAAAAGAAAAAAAGAGGGAGAUCUAUUUAUUUUGGGACUCGUAGUGCAAAAGAAGAGUCCGCAGAUGAUAUAUUGUUUAACCUUUGUUGAAAACAAUGCAAAAAAAUUACCGCGGGCCUUAUGUGUUUUGACUUUGUGAAGCCAUUUUGCACGCAAGAUCCAUUAUGUCAUCUCAUUUGGCAAAAAUCUCUCUCCUGCCUCAUUUCCUCUUUUUCUAAAAACUGUACUGGAUGACUUGGCCUCAUGACGUUGCUAAGUUUGAGGCUGAGGAGGAAGGAAAUGAGACAGGCAGGAGAAAUCGUUUGAGCUGAGUGAGAAGCAACAACCGUAUGUGUGCAUGGAUUGUAAAUUUAGUUGUAAUGGCGAUGUGGGUUGGUGAGGGUGGGGUAACUAAAGGAAUAUAGUCCCUUGUUAAUAGGGGGCAGUAUUCCCUGCACCAACAGUGUUCACGGUGCAUUAUGGGUGCCUUAAGGUGUUUACACUCGGAAACGCCGAGUCGGGCCGACCUAUAGGGUCCACAGGCUACACAAAGGAACUAUAACUGCCUGGAAACAGGUUGUGUAUGAAUGUGUGUGCAUGUCUGAGUGCUGGAGGAAGGAAGGGAUGUGAAGUCUUGAAGGAGUGUUACAAACUGUAUGAGUGUGUGCGUGUGUGUGUGUAUGGUUGUGCAUUAUGUGGAGUGACAGGUAAAAGGAAAAUAAUAGAAAUGUGGAGAAAAAAGUGAGAAACAUGAUUUAAAAAACAAACAAAAAAAAGCUGCUAUAGUGUUUGACCAGCCAGAGCACUCAGGAUCAACCUGGCUGGAGUAACCGUACCUGAUCAUAAUUGAAGAGAGAUAGAAGAUCCUUAUUUUCCAGAAUGGUUCAUGUCUAGACCCUGGAAAGGACUACGCUUUAUCCAGAGGCAAACAAGUCUGUUUUUCUGUUUUUUUAGAAUGAAGCCAAAAGUUUUCAUCCACCAGAGGGCAGAUCUGUUAUACGAUGUCCAAUGUAUUUGAUUCUCAGUUUGAGUUCUGCAGAGCAGUGAAAGAUUUCUUUUUUUUUUUCUUUUUUUUUUUUUGUUUUCCAACACUGAUACCGAUUUAGUUCGAUGGACAGAUGAACGGCUUCUAUGAAAAGUCUUUAGUUCAACAAGGGAAAAAUUGUUUACAAACCUGUGUUAGAUUGUUUGCCAAAAAUUAAACACUUUUCUGGUACUGCAUCCAUGGAGUACAAUUUCUGAUUAGAGCUUAAUUUUUAGGACACAUUAAUACUGGAAGACGUGUCUCAUUCGAUGAAGAAAAAGGAAACAAAAAAAAAAGGAGUGAAGAGGAACAAGCGUCACUGUGCCCCAAGAAAGAUCAACAAUUGGUUUGUUGACUCAACUUUUUCUUUUAGUGGUCAGGUCCUUUUUAGAAGUCUGUUCUGUGUUCUGACACACAAAUGCAGCUCGUGCUGACCUGUAUUGGGGGGGGAAAAAGUGGCACCCAGAAAUAGAGAUUUAAGUAAAUAUUUGCCAGUUCUAUUUCACAUUUGGUUGUGGCAUUCUGUCAAACAGUCAGUCUCUGCAGCAGACUGGCUGUCUUGUCCAGCUGUCAGAAUCAAUUUAACAUAAUUACAAACUGAGCUUAACUUACUUGUUGUCUCUCAAGUUAUUUUGGACAGAAAAUCAGCACUUGUAUCUAUGACGUGUCACAACAGCAGAUAGAAAACCAGGCUCUUCUGAGAUCUACUCUGGCUGUGGGCUACACGGUCAGCCUUUUUGGUUUAUUCUUCCUGUUUUCCCUUGCUUUGGUAAUCCCUGAAUUUUUGAAGAGGCCACUUUAACAAAUUUAUGCUGGAGGCUGGAGCUUCACAUGCAGCAUUCAAGGUGUUAUCUGUCACUUGUGUCCUCUUCUCAACCUUCCAAACAUGUCUGUCUUUAUCGAAAACAGAUUUCCUUCAAUUGGGUCUGAUCAACCUGAAUUAGCAUUAUGUGGCUCAUUGUGGUGGAGACGAAGGGGUGAAGCAUUUUGAUCAAAAGUCUUAAUAAGGAAGUGACAAAGUUUAAAAAAAGAAUGCCCUGGCAGUGUUUAGAUAUGUAAAACCACUGAAAAUCAAAGUGUGAAAUCUGAUCCUGCCCACGUGAAAAUGUAAGACAUUUCAAUAAAAAUCAACUUAGUUUUACCUGGAAAA